AUGACCCAAGCUCCCGCAUCGACCCCGCCCCUCGGCCGCGACGGCCGCACACUGACCUCGAACGAAAGCCCGACAACCGUUAGAGCGAUGACCUCGUCGUCGCAGUCGCCGAGGCUCUCCCCUGGCCUAUCCUAUGCAUCCGCGGUCGCUGGGUCUCCCACCCAGGCAAAAGCCAAUGGCAACCACACAGUCCCAACUGGCCCUGCGUCGCCAUCGCCUCCCGCCCCCGUAGCUACUGAAACCAAUGUCCGCGGCCGGGACGUCCGCCCUGCCACUGAGUCAGUCGACCAGCAGACAGGAUGGACUGUCGUGUCGCAUAAAAAAGGGAAGGCCAAGGCCACCGCCGGCCGUCUUGGGACCAACACACAACGUCCCAGCGUAAUACACCGCACCGUGCUCGAGGACCAGCCCAUGGAGACCGAUGAAUCGGGCAGCGCAUCCCGCAAGCGCCGCCGCGUAGAGGAAGACCUCGGUAACGAGGACUCCCCUUCUAUCCAAACGCGUAAGCAGAACGUACGCGCGCAGACGUCCACCCCCGCUGCCUCCCCUCUCCCCGCGUCCAACUCGGGCCCCUCUGAACCCUCGCUACGUACAAACAACCAUGCGCACACGAACGAACCAUCUACCUCCCAGAGCCGCGAUUCGAAUGCCGACAGCACGUCCGACCUCAACUUUACAGUCAUCCCUGAUUCGGACGUUGUCGAGGCGCUCCUGGCCCCCCCAAGCAACGAGUCUCCUCAGACCCCGCGCCGCGACUCUACGUCAGGGCGCCGUCACAGCGGACUCAGGAUGCGGGCAUCCAUCGACACCUCUGACGACGAUGACGACCUCUCCUACCUAGGCGACAUCCUCCUGCUUUUCCCGCUUCCUCCCUCCUCGCUCCCGUCCAGCACGCCGCGCACGCCCGUCUCCCGUCGGACUCAACGUCCUGCGACCCCAUUUGCGCCUCCUCGCGGUCACCACUGGUCAGAGGUCGGCAACAACAGCAUCAACGGUGAUGGCCCCACGCGGCUGUCGCUGCAAACGCCCUCGAUUCCUGAAGUUGAGAUGGACGACGCCACCAGACUCCCUGAUACUCCUGUCCCUACAUCCUCCUCUCACACUCGUCGCCGUAUCCGUCGUCUCCUCCUUCGCCGAGAGCGUCGAGAACAUCGCUCUGCCCCCGCCCCUAGCCCUUCCCCAAGCUUGAGCAGUGACGACCCUGACGACGCUCAGGCCCCCUUCGACGUCGAUGCCCUCGACCCCGACUUCAUUGUCCCUCCCUCCGGCUCCUGGCGCCAGGUGCAAGGCGACAGCACUGUCUGGAGGGGACGCGGCAUGGCCGCUGGACAACGCGAAUCCUGGAACGCCCUCGACGCCGCGGAGGCCGUCCUAGCCGUCCAGAUCCCCCUCCACGGCACUGAAGAACCCGGGGUCAGUACACGAAUAGAAAUUAUGCUAGACGUCUUCCGACGCACGUUGCUGAUCCCCGGAACGUUCAUCCUCCCAGCUUACUCGAUCGCCGGCUUUCAUGGGAUGAAUACGGAGCCGUUCUGGUACCUCGCGCGAGGAAUUCCUCUAUCAAAGAUCAUGGCUCUUGUUAAUAUUGGUUGGCUUAACUCAUCCCCUGUAACCCUCCACUUCGACUUCUGGCGCGAUACAAAUCCCCAUCUUUGUGCAUCAGGAAAAACCGUGCCUACAUAA